CUCUCAAAUCUAUAAUGAGGAAACCUUGCUGUGAGAAGCUGGAUACAAAUAAAGGAGCUUGGUCCAAGCAAGAAGACCAGAAGCUCGUAGAUUACAUUCGCAAACACGGUGAAGGUUGCUGGCGUACCCUCCCUCAGGCCGCAGGCCUACUUAGCUGCGGUAAAAGUUGUCGGCUAAGAAGGAUAAACCAUCUACGCCCAGACCUUAAAAGAGGCAACUUUGCUGAAGACGAAGAAGAUCUCAUCAUAAGGCUUCAUGCACUCUUAGGCAACCGGUGGUCGCUAAUAGCCGGGAGAUUGCCCGGUCGAACAGACAAUGAGGUAAAGAACUACUGGAACUCUCACCUGAGAAGAAAGCUCAUAAACAUGGGUAUUGAUCCGAGUAAUCACCGCUUGAGCCGCAGUCUCCCUCGGCCUCAAGCCCCGAAUAUUACAUCUUCUUGUGCAACAUUAUCUGACGAGUUGAAAUGUGGUGCUCAUGAUGAUGAUCAGCAGGCGGCCGUGAAAUACCGAGGCGAAAACGAUCAAGUCUCCGACGCCGGAAGUUGCUUCGAGGAUGACUCGAGUGGCUUGGUGAAUUUAAACCUUGAUCUGACAAUAAGUAUUCCUUUUACUUCUCUUGCUAAUGUCGAAGAGGAGCAGAAACAUAUUAACGUACGUGCCAAAUAUUACGUCAACAAAGCUAGACUUCAGUCCUCCCUCUCCGGCGCUUCUACGUACUCUUUAGAUAAUUAAAUCCUGUCUUUGUGGAGAAAUAUUUCGACCAAACUUUCAAGUACGUACGUGGUUUCACUUGGAUUUUUUUGGAAGAAAUUAAGGAAAAUGAUGUAAUCUUUUCUUGGGAGUUAAGUUAGAGAGUAAUAAGAAGUAAAUCUUCAUUUA